CCAUCUGCAAGGCUGCAAUCUCGACUCCUUUCAGAAGCGCUCAGCACUACUUGAGUCAGAGAACAGACUCUGCUUAAAGCAGCAUCGCGUCUUGUUAACCUUCUUCUGAAUAAAGUCAUGCAGGCAGCUAAAUGCUGGGAUCCUUGCAGAGUAGAAUAGGUGAUUCCGCAAGAGGGAUUCUGCAAGCCGGGAGACAUGCAUGGAAUACAUUUAUCACGUCAAGUGAUGGAUCAAACUUGAAAUCACUUUGUUGGUUGUGAGAGGUUUCAAGAGAGGGUCACCUUGGCUGCCCAGAGGAGUUGCUCUUUUUUGCUAAAUACAUUAAGAAUAUUCUUCUGUUUGUGCUGCUGCCCUGCAUAAACCAACACACUGAUGGUAGAUGCACGAGGGAAGAACAUGAAAUGUCUGACUUUCUUUUUAAUGCUUCCAGAAACUGUCAAGAACCGCUCCAAAAAAGGCUCUAAAAAGGGAAACUCCAGUACCAGCAGCAAGUUGCCUCCGGUCUGCUAUGAAAUAAUUACUUUAAAAACCAAAAAGAAAAAGAAGAUGGCUGCUGAGAUAUUUCCUAAUAAGAAACCAUCUAACGGCAACCCUAAUUCCAUCCAACAAUAUCACCAGCAAAAUCUCAACAACAACAACACUAUCCCGUCCCCACACUGGCGAGGGCUCUAUUCCACCAUCAGGGAGAGAAAUGCAGUCAUGUUCAAUAAUGAUUUGAUGGCAGAUGUUCAUUUUAUGGUGGGACCACCAGGUGGAACUGAGCGGAUACCCGGACACAAAUAUGUUUUAGCUGUUGGCAGCUCAGUGUUCCAUGCUAUGUUCUACGGAGAGUUAGCCGAAGACAACGAUGAAAUCCGGAUACCAGAUGUUGAACCUGCUGCUUUCCUUGCCAUGCUGAAAUAUAUGUAUUGCGAUGAAAUUGAUUUGGCUGCUGAUACGGUUCUGGCGACUCUUUAUGCAGCCAAGAAAUAUAUCGUCCCCCAUCUUGCCAGAGCAUGUGUUAACUUCCUAGAGACCAGCCUCAGUGCAAAGAACGCGUGUGUUCUUCUCUCUCAGAGCUGCUUAUUUGAAGAGCCUGAUCUGACCCAAAGGUGCUGGGAAGUGAUCGAGGCACAGGCCGAACUUGCUUUGAAAAGCGAAGGAUUUUGCGACAUUGACUUUCAGACUUUUGAAAGCAUUCUUAAUCGGGAGACUUUAAAUGCCAAAGAAAUUGUCGUCUUUGAAGCAGCCCUUAACUGGGCCGAAGCAGAAUGUCAUCGGCAAGAGUUACCUCCUACAAUAGAGAACAAGCGGAAGGUCCUGGGCAAAGCGCUCUACCUGAUUCGCAUCCCAGCUAUGGCACUUGAUGAAUUUGCAGAUGGAGCAGCUCAGUCAGGAGUUCUGACUGUCAAUGAGACCAAUGAUAUAUUUCUCUGGUAUACAGCUGCCAAGAAACCGGACUUAGAGUUUGUAAGCAAGCCCAGAAACGGUCUAGUUCCGCUGAGAUGUCACCGAUUCCAGUCUUGUGCCUACCGCAGCAACCAAUGGCGUUACAGGGGCCGUUGUGACAGCAUUCAGUUUGCCGUGGAUAAAAGAGUGUUUAUUGCAGGCUUUGGCCUUUAUGGCUCCAGUUGUGGGUCAGCCGAAUACAGUGCAAAAAUUGAACUGAAACGCCAGGGGGUGAUUCUAGGACAGAAUUUGAGCAAAUAUUUUUCAGAUGGCUCCAGCAAUACAUUUCCAGUUUGGUUUGAAUACCCUGUCCAAAUCGAGCCAGAUACUUUUUACACAGCUAGCGUGGUGCUCGAUGGUAAUGAACUAAGCUACUUUGGACAGGAGGGAAUGACAGAGGUGCAAUGUGGCAAAGUUACUGUACAGUUCCAGUGCUCCUCUGAUAGCACAAACGGGACAGGCGUACAAGGUGGACAGAUCCCAGAACUUAUCUUCUAUGCCUGACCUUGAAGUUUGUUUCUGAAGCCCGGUGUACAUAUCUUGCUUUACAGAGCCUGGAGAGCAUAUGUCUGUAUAUAUGUGUAUAUGUUAUCAAUAAAGAUGGAAUCUAAAUCAGA